AUGCACGAGCCGGUGGGCGGAGGUGGACUUACGCGAAGGCGCUCUACAAGGACGGCGCCUCCACGCUCGACGAUCUGCGCAAGGCCGUGACGACGCUCGAGGAUGUGGUGCCGACCGCGCGGCGCGUGCUCGGAGGCGCACAUCCUGUGACAGGUGCGAUUGAGGCCGAUCUGCAACACGCGCGAGCCGCGCUCCGCGCCCGCGAACAACCUUUGUUGCCGCUGGUCAUCUCCGUCGCGGGCCCGCAGGGCGACGAAGUAUACUUCAAGGUGAAGCCGACGACGCUGCUGCAAAAGAUCUUCGACGCGUACGCCAAUCGCAAGGGCGUCGCCGGCGAUUCGCUGCGCUUCCUUUUCAAAGGCUCGCGCGUCGACGGCGAGCAGACGUGCGCGGACAUUGGCCUGGAGGACGACGAUCAGCUGAAGGCCGAGAAUGCGCAGGACGCCGUCGCCGCGCGCGAUGAGUAA